AUGUUGUGUCCUUUGCUGCCACUCGUCUAUAGUCUCCUAUUUGUCUCGUGCCGAGCAGCGCGCGUUGAGGGCGACUGCAUUAGGGACGACGAAGCUCUCAACAUCUUGGCCAAGCAGCUCUCACCAAAUUCCAUCAUCUCGUGCAAAGGUCAGCCACUCAGCAUCUUCUCCGCCAAUCGCUACUGGGGCAAACAGUACGGCAAAAAUGCCAGCGUCGUCGUAUUUCCCACGACGACCGAAGACGUCAGCAAGGCGAUGAAGGCUUCCAAGAAGAGCAAAUGCGGCAAUGGCCUCUCCUUCGUUAGCGGCGCCCAUGCACAGACAUUUGCCUCGAGCACAAAGGGCUUCCAAAUCGACCUCUCAUGGAUGAACCAAACCAAAAUAUUACACAACGUAAAAGUCGACGAUGCGUCUAUAGAUACUGCCAUUCAGUAUCAGAGCGGCGCAACUUGGGAAGGCGUCGCUAAGGUCACCAACAACAGCGGUUACACCGCCAUCGGCGCCCGCGUUGGAAAUGUUGGCGUCGGCGGAUUCAGUACGGGAGGUGGAGUAGGUUUCUUAGGAGGAAGCUAUGGCUUCGCCGUAGAUCGCGUGCGAGCGUUCGAGGUGGUCUUGCCAGAUGGACGCAUGGUGAAUGCGACGAAGACGAAUAAAUAUUCGGACCUAUUUUGGGCUCUGCAGGGCGGUAAUGGUCAGUUUGGCGCUGUGACAACAUUUUAUCAGGAGGCAGCUGCAGAGCCGACGCAGUCACAACUUGGCUUCUUCUUCAUCGCUCCAGGCAAGGCGAACAAACGCAAGGCGUACGAAAAUAUUGCCGACUUUUUCACUAAUCACGGUAAAUCGGGCGGCGACCCCUUCAGCCUGAUGUACUACGACACCGGCCUCUUUCCCCCCGCACUUCAGGGCAACUCAACGGAACCGACAGAUCUGAUUGUCGCGCUGCGCUUCUCGAAUCCCAACGAUCCGAAACAAAAAUCCUUCAACGAGACUUUUCGGGGCUUGCUCUCCGGCAUCGAUUUCACUGCUCAGCAGAUUUCUGAGGUUCCUUUUGCUUCAGCGACUACCUACCUAUUGGAACCUUUCUUUCCCUACGGCAGCCGGCGAGGAUUCUGGGGCUCCCGAGUGACCGAGGUUGAUGCUGACUUCAUCGCCAAGGUCACGGAUGUCGUCGCCAAGAGCGUCAGUGAUCUACAGGCGACGGGCGAGAGCCCGGUCUCGCAUAUCUACGCGCUCCAAUAUCAGUUUCCGGGCUUGAACGGCCAUCAGCCCAAGAACGAUGACGACACAGCAUGGCCCCAUGCCGUCACGGCACACCAGACGCUCUUCUCGCCCGCCUGGAACAGAUCGAGUAACGAUGCCCUUGUCUACCAUGUAAAUGACAUGCUCAACAAGAUCACUUGGGAUCGUCAGGCUCAGCUCGACCCUCCAUUCGUCGCAGACUACCCCAAUUAUAUGAGCCCCAACGUCACGGCCCGCCGCCUUUUUGGUGACAACGUAGACAGGCUCAUCCAGGUCAAAGAAAAAUAUGACCCAGACUGCAGACUACACCAAGGCAGGACGUGGGCCACGAACGCUUGCAAGAAGCUCGGAGUCGCAAGUUUCUUUCCCUAAAAAGCUCCUUUCAGGUGUUUCCUUGUCAUUUUGGCCCUUUCUUUCGCUUAAGAUCCUGUCAUUCGCUUCGUCCAAAUGAAAGAUUCUGUUUUGCCUGAGGCAAGCUUCACACAGGAUAGUUCGCAGAGGG